AUUCUAGCCUGCUUCGCUUUUGAUCACCUUUCCCUUCCUUCUCCCUCCUGUCUCUGUUUCUAGUAGUUUCCGGUGGCGAUGGAGCUGGGCUUGAGCUUGGGGGAGGCGCCGGCGAAGGCAUUCUUCGCGUCGGAGAAGGCUGGGGUGAAAGGCAGGGGAGGGCUGGUCCUGGGGUUCGGCAUGGGGUUGGGAGUUGGGCUUGGAGGAAGAAGGGAGGAGGAAGAAGAGGAGGAGGAGGAAGAGAGAGAGGGGGGAGAGGAGAGGUGUUCUGCUGAGCCCCCGGUGCAGCUUGACCUCCUUCCUCUCGCUCCUGUUCCACGGCGCUCGACGCCCCAGCUGGGGUUCCCUUGGGCGCCCGAGACCAGAAAUUGGGAGGUCUCGACGCGGGGAUUCGAUGUCAACCAGACGCCGUCGGCGGAAGUGGAGGAAGGAGCGGCGGUGUCGUCGUCACCGAACAGCACCAUCUCUUCGUUCCAGAUGGACUUCGCCGCCAGGGGUCGAGGCGGUGAGAAGGGUGGUACGGCGGCCGGCCGGAGCGAAGGGGAGGUGGAGAGGUCCUCCUCGAGGGCCAGCGAUGAGGAGGAGAACGGGCUUGCAAGGAAGAAGCUCCGCCUCUCGAAGGAGCAGUCCGCCUUCCUUGAAGAAAGCUUUAAGGAGCACAACACUCUCAACCCGAAACAAAAGCUUGCUCUGGCUAAGCAACUAAAUCUUCGACCCCGGCAAGUGGAAGUCUGGUUUCAGAACAGAAGAGCCAGGACGAAGCUGAAGCAAACGGAGGUGGACUGCGAGUACCUGAAGCGCUGCUGCGAGACGCUAACGGAGGAGAACCGCCGUCUCCAGAAGGAGCUGGCGGAGCUGCGCGCUCUCAAGACUUCCCACCCCUUCUACACGCACCUCCCUGCCACCACCCUCUCUAUGUGCCCCUCCUGCGAGCGCGUCGCCUCCACCACCACCGUCCCCCCCGCCGCCGCCGCAGUCGCCGCCGCUGCAGACACCACGCCCGCCGCCUCCGCCACCCCGGCCGCCGACCACCGGCCAUCCUCCUUCGCCUCCCUCUUCUCGAAACCCCGCUUCCGCUCCUUCCCGGCGCCCCACCCUGCUCCCACCCACCAGCCAUCGGCUGCCUCGUGAUCGCCGGUCCGCGCCCCUGGUGGCUUUUUUUGUAAAUACUCAUGAUUUAAAGGCCUUGUUUUGUCUUUUUAAUUUUUAUUUGUCCUUUUUUUUUUGAAAAAAAAAGAUGGAGGUUUGGGAGAUUUUUAUGGAUUCUCUUGUUCCUUUUUCCAGAGAGAGACUGCUGAUAUUGUUAACAGACUUUGCUCUUUUUUUCUUUUAAAUAUAAAAUUUCGGCUUAUUAAGCUGAAGCUGUCUUUGAGUGUUCA